GGGCGGCGGCGAUCGUGAGAGGCGUGGAUUGCCAGUCCUCGAGCAGACCCGGCGUUGCAGUUGUUUUCUGCCGCUGUCCAGUUAUCUUUGACUGCCAUAUAUGGACUCCCAAAAAUCUCUGAAGGAAACAGUCCUCGUUACGGGAGGAGGUGGCUAUUUUGGCUUCCGCCUAGGCUGUGCUCUGAACCAGAAGGGAGUCCGUGUGAUUCUGUUUGACAUCAGCAGCCCUGCUCAAACCAUUCCAGAAGGAAUCAAGUUUAUACGUGGAGACAUCCGCCACCUCUCUGACGUAGAGAAAGCCUUCCAGGAUGUGGAUGUCGCUUGUGUGUUCCAUAUUGCCUCUUACGGUAUGUCAGGGCGCGAGCAACUGAAUCGAAACCUGAUUGAAGAAGUGAACGUGGGGGGCACAGACAACAUCCUCCAGGCUUGCAGGAGGCAAGGGGUGCCAAGGUUAGUUUACACUAGCACCUUCAAUGUCAUCUUCGUAGGUCAAGUUAUCAGAAAUGGAGAUGAAUCCCUGCCUUACCUACCUCUUCACCUCCAUCCUGAUCACUACUCUCGGAGCAAAUCUGUUGCAGAGAAGAAGGUGCUGGAGGCCAAUGGUACAGCCCUGGAAAGGAGUGAUGGGGUCUUGAGAACCUGUGCUCUGAGGCCGGCUGGCAUCUAUGGGCCUGGAGAACAAAGGCACCUCCCCAGGAUAGUAAGCUACGUUGAGAAGGGCCUGUUCAAGUUUGUGUACGGAGACCCCAAGAGUCUGGUUGAAUUUGUCCAUGUGGAUAACUUGGUGCAGGCUCACAUUCUGGCUUCAGUGGCCCUGAAAGCUGACAAGGGCCACAUUGCCUCUGGGCAGCCCUACUUCAUCUCAGAUGGCAGACCUGUGAACAACUUUGAGUUCUUCCGGCCUUUGGUUGAGGGCCUGGGCUACCAGUUCCCAUCCAUCCGCCUGCCCUUGACUCUCAUCUACUACUUUGCUUUCCUAACCGAGACGGCCCACUUCAUUCUGGGUCGACUGUACAACUUCCAGCCCUUCCUCACCCGCACCGAAGUUUACAAAACCGGAGUCACACAUUACUUUAGCCUAGAGAAAGCCAAGAAGGAGCUAGGUUACGAGGCUCAGCCAUUUGACCUCCAGGAAGUAGUAGAAUGGUUUAAAGCCCAUGGUCAUGGCAGAAGUCCUGGAAGUCGUGACUCUGAGUGUCUUAUUUGGGAUGGGCUGUUGGUCGUACUCUUGGUUAUAGCGGUUCUCGCAUGGCUGCCGCCUUCUGUGAUUCUGUCAGUGUGAAGGAGGAGCUAGAAAUAAGGAGCUGAUCACACUUGCUGAGAUGGUUUUCAAGAAACACGGGUUUGGGACUUGGUGGCACAGUGGUAAAGAAUCCGCCUGCCAAUGCAGGGGAUGCGGGUUCAAGUCCUGGUCCAGGAAGAUCCCACGUGCCAUGGAGCAACUAAGCCCGUGCGCCACAACUACUCAGCCUGCACUCUAGAGCUCUCGAGCCACAACUGCUGAGCCCGCGUGCCACAACCACUGAAGCCGGUGCGCCUAGAGCCCGCGCUCCGCAGCAAGAGAAGCCACCACAGUGAGAAGCCCGCACGCUGCAACAAAGAGCAGCCCCCGCUCGCCGCAACUAGAGAAAGCCCGCGCACAGCAACGAAGACCCAACGCAGCCAAAAAUAAAUAAAUAAAUUUAUAGAAAAAAAAAGAAACACGGGUUUGAAAAAUAGAUGGACAGACAGACAGACAGAUACCUGGUGUCAGAUUUUGGGUCUCCAAAUUGCUGCUUAAGAAUAGAUUCUUGGAUUAAGUCUUCAUUUCCUACCUCCUUGCACAAAUCAUGAAGGGAGAAAUAGAAGCGAAAGAGGGAAGAGAUAUGGGAACAUAUGUAGAUGUAUAACCGAUUCACUUUGUUAUACAGCAGAACGUAACACACCAGUGUAAAGCCAUUAUACUCCAAUAAAGAUGUUAAAAAAAAAAAAAAAAGAUAAGUUUGAGAUUUGGUUCCCUGGGUCCUUCUUCAUUCGAUCAGUACAGUAGAAGUCAUUCUGGAGCCAUAGAGCUAAACUUGCUUAGAUGGGAAAUGUCUUACUUGAAUUUCUCAGAAGCCAAAAAUGUACUUACUUCCAUUCCGAACACUUGGCAUCUGCUUCACGCGGGCUAAAACACACACUGAUACGGGAACGGCAGAAUGCUAACAGGCCUGAAAAUGUGUGAAAAACACCACCUGGGCUACGUCCCUACAGCCCAAGCCUCUGAGGAGAUGGUGGCCAUCGCAGGGGAGGUAUUUGCUGUUCAUGGCGUGCGUUUUGGGAAUUAGCUUUUGCCCUUUGUGAUAUAAGGGUGUUAUGCCUGUGUGACCACAUGGUAAUGUUGAUGUUGACACAAAUAGACCUUUCUCUUGCCUCGCAGGAUUCUUUUGAGGGUUAAAUUAGACAAGGCAUAUGAAGUGCCACUCCACACACUUAAGCCAUUAUUUUUAUCAACACUGUGAUUAUGCAUUCCUUAUGAGGGUUUUCUUCCUCAGGGUAUUCUGUUUCGAGGGUGCUGUUGCGACUGACCUUUCUGGAAUGCCUUUGUGGUGUGUCCUCAGAGUCUGUAAUGAGCGUGUUUAAAUAUAUUCCGUGUUUGUAAAGUUGUGCUCCUCGAGGAGAGAUCGAAGUCUAGGAAACAGCUAAAAAGCUGAUGAUUCAUGAGGAUGUUCAAGCUAAUGAUGCCAUUUGCAAUUAAAAAAUAAAGCAUAACUCUCAAGUAACAGACUGGUUUUCUUCCUGGGAAGAAUUUCGGAUCUCUGAAGGCCCCUUCCAGUGAGGAACGUUCUGAACGAUGGCGGCAUUGUCUGGCCACCCCGGGGACUGCUGUGGCACACGUGCAAGUUGCACUGUUGCAUGGGAACCAAAGUGGAAAGACGACCCAGAGUCUUUACCCAUUCCAUGAUUCCAGCUGUAGAAAGGACAGUAUUCA